GCUCGAGUUGGCCGUUUGUCGACGGAUUUUGCGUAAAUUACGUAACAAACAGCACGCACGCUCGGACCACGGAAGUGCACGCGAGUUACCAUCUCGCCGGUGCUAUAGCAGAAUUUUUUAACAUUGAUACUCAGCGGACAUUGCUUUGUUUUCUACCCGCUAUAGUUUGAGAUUCCUCCACCUGUAAUGGAAAAUGCCCGUACAGACACGUUCUUGAUAACUGGGGGAUGUGGCUAUUUGGGUUAUCGCCUGGCAUGCUCCCUGCACAGAAAAGGAGCCAAAAUAAUUCUGUUUGACACGGUCCCGCCGAAACAAGAAGCGCCGGAGGUCUUCACGUUUGUUCAAGGAGAUAUACGCGAGUAUGCACAAGUCGAGGAGGCCAUCGCUGGCGCGGACUGUGUAUUCCACAUCGCCUCCUAUGGCAUGUCCGGCAGAGAGCAGCUGGACCGCCACCUGAUUGAGGCAGUGAAUGUUCAGGGCACGGAGAACGUCCUGAGGGCCUGCGUGGAGCACGGAGUGUCCAGGCUGGUCUACACCAGCACCUUCAACGUGGUGUUCGGGGGCCAAGUGAUAGAGAACGGGAAUGAAAGCCUCCCUUAUCUGCCUCUCCACCUUCACCCCGACCACUACUCCAGAACCAAGUCGCUGGCGGAGAUGGCGGUGCUGAAAGCCGAUGGCGCGGCACUACCGGACGGCUCCGGGGUGCUGAGAUGCUGUGCGCUGCGUCCAGCCGGCAUCUACGGGCCCGGUGAGCAGAGGCACCUGCCCAGGAUAGUUGGCUACAUAGAGAAGGGCAUCUUCCGGUUUGUCUACGGUGACCCUGGCAGCCUGGUGGAAUUCGUCCAUGUGGACAACCUGGUGAUGGCACACGAGCUCGCCGCAGAGGCGCUGACCCCGGAGAAGCAGCACCGCUCUGCUGGCCAGGCCUACUUUAUCUCAGACGGAAGGCCUGUGAAUAAUUUUGAAUUCUUCAGACCUCUGGUAGAGGGCUUGGGCUAUCCUUUCCCCAAACUGUGCCUCCCUGUCUCGCUCAUCUACUUUGUUGCCUUUCUCACGGAAAUGAUCCACCACCUCAUCGGGCCCUUCUAUAACUUCCAGCCGCUGCUGACACGCACAGAGGUGUAUAAGACUGGCGUGACGCAUUACUUCAGCAUGGCCAAAGCCAAGGCGGAGCUCGGUUAUGACCCCCGGGAGUACAACCUGGAUGAGGUUGUCCAAUGGUUCAGAAGCAGAGGCCACGGGAGAAAAUGUCACACCUCCUCCCUCGGUCGCUUGCUACGAGACAUCCUGUUUGUUUCCGCCUUUGUUGCUGUGGCUUUCUCUUUUCUUCCAGUCGUUGGUAUGUGAGGAGCAGCUGAAGCAAAAAUAUAAUUCUGAUGUUUACCAAAACGCCAUCGGCCCCUUAUCAAGACUGGUUAUGACAGUCUACAAAGUAUACAAAGACACAUUUUAUUAUUGAAUCAGUACGGACUGGCAGGUGCUUUAGACAUAAACACCUUUUUAAACUGGGACACCCAUAACAUGUCAACACAAUCCUAUAAUCUCUGUACCUUACUGUCUUAAUUUUGUAUUCUACGGCUGUUGUCAUUGUCGGACACCAUAUGCCAAAUGCUACCUCUUUUUUUCCACAACAGUUGGCUUUUGAAAGAACACCUCUGGGGACAAGGACCUUUGAUAACCUAAUGCAGACAUGUUUUUAGUGCUGUUGUUGUGGAAUUUGAAUCUAACAAAAUUAUGAAGAAUGUUCUGACAACUGCAAUGAAUAAACUC